AUGGAAGAGGAACUACGUGACGCACCCCUAUCUUUCCGUAACCCUAUGAUGUCUAAGCUUCGAACCUACUGGAAGGACCUUGCUAAACUCCAUCGGGAAGUGAGAAGUACACCUUUGACAGCCACUCCUGGGGCCCGAGGAGACAUGAAAUACGGUACAUACACUGUGGAGAAUGAGCAUAUGAAUCGGCUACAGUCUCAAAGGACAUUGCUUCUUCAAGGCACUGACAGCCUGAACCGGGCCACCCAGAGUAUUGAGCGUUCUCAUCCUGUUGCUGCAGAGACUGACCAGAUUGGCUCAGAAAUCAUAGAAGAGCUGGGGGAGCAAUGUGACCAGUUGGAACGUACCAAGAGUAGACUGGUAAAUACAAGUGAAAACUUGAGCAAAAGUCGGAAGAUUCUCAGCUCAAUGUCCAGAAAAGUGACAACCAACAAGCUGCUGCUUUCCAUCGUCAUCUUACUGGAGCUAGCCAUUCUGGGAGGCCUGGUUUAUUACAAAUUCUUUCGCAGGCAUUGA